GUACCUGGCUACUAACGGUGUGUUUAUACUAGUUAGUGCGCCAGCCUUCGGUCAACUACGCACCUCGUCUCUGUUCGCUUUCCUGUUUCCUACCAGUAAUUUCGACUGAAUUGACAACCAUCGUCUUGGCCACUAUGCACCUCGACUGCAGCGUUCCAGUGUUUGGAGGACACCUCAACAUUUAAGAGGAAUAUGGCAGAAGCGAGUACGGUUGAUGGAGACGUAGAUGCCGAGGAAGACAAUGGUUACAAGAACAUGUCCCUCGUUGCCCCCAGCUGUAGUGAUCUUAGGAUCAGCAAAAUAUCAGACGUCUUCUUAUUAAAUCCCAGACUGGCUUUUGAUACCAUUGUGAACAACAUGUGUUAUAAAUGGAUGGAACUUGGGUAUCGGCUUGGACUUACAGAUCCUGAAAUCAACACAAUAGCACUGAAAUGUCGAGAGGACCCACGACCGUGUUGUUACAAAAUGCUUUGGAAAUGGCAGGUUAAAAACGGGAGUGGGGCCACCUGGGAGCAGCUGGAAAUGAUUGUUUCUGAGAUUGGUCACAAGGAUGUGUCAGAAAAACUUCGGAAAAAGAGAGGGGAUUUCAACAAGAAACCCAAUAUGUAUUAUCAACUCUCAGCGGGUAUUGAUGCUUCUCAAACCAGAUCGAAGAGCAUUGUUGCCAAGUCAGAAACAUACGCUAGUAUGUUGUAUCAUGAUGAUUAUGCUAGAGAGUUGGUUGAGAGCAAUGACCAGUAUGAGCAGCAGGUGGUCAAAUCUAAAGAUCCUAAAUCUGAUCCAGAAUAUAGGGCCCUACUCCAUGACAUGGAUUAUGAAGUGAAAAGGGCAGAAAAGUUGGAAGUGCGUAGGCGUUACCUAGCUCUAAAAGAAGAAAAUGAUCGCCUCGAAAGAGAAUUAGAAAUGAAAGCUAAAAAUAUUGAACGUAGAAGCUUGCAAAAUAACGACACUGACUCUGCCAUUGGAUCUGGAGCGACGAGGUCUCACCGAAGUCUCACUUCAUCUACUAAUGACGGUUCUCGUCCUGGAGCAGAAACUAAGGUGCCGAUGAUUGAGUACUACAAUGUCGUAGAUAAGCAGUGUGAAGAUUCAAACAACCAGUGAUGUAUAACUCAAGUAAGGAUCAAGUAUCUUAGGCAAAUCAAAACUCAACGUAGUUAUCAAGCAAACUACGUAGGCAAUAUCCUGAAUGAUGAUGCUUCAGGCUUUGUCAGAAAAGAGGGUCCCGGCCUCUCUUUUACAUUCUAAACUUUUACACAAUUUACAGGAAUCCAUUGUGUGCAUGCACGUAUUGAAAAUUGGAGCCAUGUUAAUAAUUCAGAGAGCCAUCGCUAUCGAAAUUGCAGUGACCUGUAGUUAAAAUACUAUUUUGCUGUGGUUUUUCUUAUGCAUGUCUGUUUAUUUGUUUGUUUGUUUGUUUAUUUUGAUUUUUCACAAAGUGAAAGGGGGGCCAAAACAGUACGCACCUGUACAAGUUGCUCUCCCCCAUACAUAAGCACAUAUACAACAUCAAAGUUUACAUAGUCAAUAACAACAGGUAUAAGAAUACAUAGAAUACUAGGUAAUCGAAAUAGAAGGUUAAGCAUAAUUCAAAUAUAUCUGAUAAGUCGUAUAAACAAGUCUUAGUGUGGUCUAGAAGCAAUACAAGAACUACACCCACAAGAAGUGGUCCAAGUACAUGGCAGGUCAAGACUGUAAUGUGUGUUAAAUCUGUUGUAGGGUUGUAGGUGGCCUUAAGUAGUUUGUGCUCAAAUGAUAUAAUAUCCGACUGAUGAGCUGCUCGCUCACCAGUACCACGGAGGUCUGAGCCUAACUUAUUCCAAAUAAUGACUAGCCUGGGGAUGUAUGUGUGACUAAAUGCUGAUGUUUUAACUCUAAAAGGGGUUAACAUACGUGUUCUGGCACUUCUUGUGGGUCUAGUGGGAAAGAAAACAACUUUUCUCCUGUUCAACUGCCUUGUUACAGAAAAGGCUGUCUUGGAUAACUGUUACUGUAAUUAAAAUAUGUACAAAUUUAAUCAAAUCUACCUUUACUCGAUUUCAUGGAUGAUAUCCACUUAAUUUAAAAGUUAACGUGUAGAAAUGCAAUGAUGUGUCUAAAUGUUCAUAUUCAAUGGAUUACAAUCGCUGUAAAAGUUCAUCGAUUGCCGUUAUAUUUCCCAUUGCAUAUUAUCCUCUUUCUGGAGUGUUUAGUAAGCACAUUUGUACAUAUGCAUAUGCGCCUCAUUAAAUUUUACUUAGGGUGAUUUUUCGUAAUGAUCACACUUUUAAUAGACUAGGAGCCAAGGUCAACUAUGCAGUUGAGUCACAGUCAAGUAAAAUUGCUGCCCAAACUGUCAUGCUACUCAGGCUGUACAGAACAAGAAACACACUUUGUAUCUAUAAUCUAUUCUCCAACACCUGUUGUUUUCAAUAUAAGCAGGUGCAAACCAGCCCAAUAAACAUUAAGUGGAAAUAAACAGCGGAAAUAUGACAGUUUGGGCAUUGAAAUGAUAACUCCAUGGUGGUGAUGGUGAUCUUUGUUAGUCUUGAAAACCAAUAGCAGGAGAAGGAUUUGAUAAAAUGUACACUUCCAAUUAAAGGUGUCAAUGAUCGCUACCUAUGAAAUGACACAGACAAUAGAAUUGUCGCUUUUUUGUCUCCUUACAUUUAGCAACUGGAUUACUUCCUUCUUACACCAUGUGGGAACAAUUUCAUGCAUAUAUCAAUAAAACAAAGUUCUUAUCUGAUGGAUAAUGGUCAUUUAUUAUCAAAUUUGUACACUUUAACACAAUUUUACAAUUGAAUAUUCUCUUUUCUUAACUUCUAUGUAAGUAGCAAAUUUCCAACAUUUUAUACUGCAAUACGAUUGUGUUGCUGAUGCUAUGAAGUCAAUAUUCUAAUACACAAAGUGUAUUAAAAAGUUUCAAAUUUCAGAUAUUCCGGGAUCCAUUCAGUUUGCUGUAGAAGCAUUAAUAGCACAACAAAUGCUGGAUUUAACUCAAUAUCAUAUUGAUUUUAUUUAUUAGACUGUACAAACAGAUAUAUACAGUCAGGACUGCCCAACUAGCCAGAUGCUAUCAUAAAGGGCUAGCCCUCAA